CUUCUUCCUGUGUAAUGAUAAUCCGUCAGCCGGCCACAAUGAUCUGCCUGUUUCUGACCAUAUUUUCCUACUUAUUCCAGUCAGGCUUGACCGGUGUGAACGAGCGCACCUUUGUUGCCGUUAAACCAGAUGGCGUGCAGCGGAAACUGGUGGGAGAAAUCAUGCGGCGCUUUGAGAAGAGAGGGUUCAAACUGGUGGGCCUCAAACUCGUGCAGGCAUCUGAGGAUCUUCUGAGGGAACACUACUGGGACCUGAGGAGUAAGCCUUUCUUCAGGGGACUAAUGAAAUACAUGAGCUCUGGACCAAUCGUAGCAAUGGUGUGGGAGGGUUUGGACGUAGUCAAGACUGCACGUAAGAUGUUGGGAGAGACCAACCCUGCUGACUCGCUGCCUGGAACCAUCCGAGGGGAUUUCUGUGUGGAAGUGGGAAGGAACGUGAUCCACGGCAGCGACUCGGUGGAGAGCGCCCAGAAGGAAAUCUCUCUGUGGUUCCGACAGAACGAGCUUCAGUGCUGGGAGGACAGCAGCAGCCACUGGAUCUACAACUGACCGUCCACGUUUUUCAUAACAAGGUGGUUCACGUCAUACCUGGUUUAAGUAUCUUGUAGCGUGAGAAGAGAUGUAUUUUUUUAUCCAUCUUAACUACAUUUCUGUGGUGAGAUGUCUUUACAAAGCAAACAAGCACUAAUAGCGCAAUAAGUUACAUGUUUGCUUCUGUUACAGUUUUCGUUGUAGUCUUGUAGUGUUUAGUCCAGAAGCUUGUGUUUACAGUUUUUAAGCAAUAAGGUUGGAAUGUGGAGCAAUAAAAGAUUGUUAUUCAUAAUGUCCAUGGAGGGAUAACACAUCAGGGAAUUGCUGUAUUUUAAUCAACCCUGAAGGUUAAUUUCUACAGGAAGCUUUAUUCAUAAAUAUUCAGGUAAUGUGCUAUGCAAAGUAUUUUAAUUGUUAACCAAAUCGGUGUGUUUUGCACACAAAUGUGUUUUCCUUGUCUUGUGGAAUAAACUGUUCACAAUUGUUAUGGUGAAAAAUAAGCCAAAAAUAUAUAUAUGUUUCUCCUGUAAUAGUACUUACAAUGAGAACCCAACAGCAAUCAAUUAACACCGUUACUGCCUUUCUACACACAUUUCAGUUUCCUGUACUUUUAAAUACAAUUCUAUAAGUGUGUAAAAUGGAUCACUUCACAUGGGAAUACUUGAAGUAAAAGGGUAGAAGUUUUAAAAUAAAACUUUUGUACUUUGAUCAUGUCAGGCUCAGUUUCCAAAUUAAAGAGAAACUUUAAUUUAUUUUGUUCUAUCAAAUUGUAAUCUGUCCAAUAGCUGCUUGAGUAUUGUGCUUUUCUAAAAUCCUAUGAUGGUGAAUGAAUUGUAUUUGAAUUGUGAAAUGCAAUAAAUCUGAUCAGG